GCAGUUCCAUGAGGCUUACAGGAUGGAGUGCUCUUGGAAAACAGUUGUGCUCUUAGUGUGUGCAUCCCUUGGGAUCCAAUAUACUGCAAUCCGGUCCUUUAGAGAUACUUUUAGCUCUCCAUGUCAAGGUGGCGAUCACUGCCAGCAUAGGGAGCCCAAAGAGUACCGAUGGAGGUCCCCUUGUUAUGAAGGACAUCAAUCGCAUGGGCCAUUUCACUAUCACGCCAAGAAGCACAUCAUCCUUUUUGCUACCACCAGGAGUGGUUCCUCUUUCACGGGUCAGCUCUUUAACCAACACCCAGAUAUAUUUUAUUUGUUUGAGCCCCUCUACCAUGUCCAGCAGGCAUUCACUAAUUCAAGUGCCAGGCUCCGUAAAAUCCUUGACCGCCGUGCCCUACUGGGAGCCAGCAGGGACCUGCUCCACAACCUGUACAAUUGUGACUUUCACUUCCUGGAGAACUACAUCAAGCCAGAGCCAAGGGACCAUGCUACAGGUUCAUUUUUCAGGAGGGGAUCCAGCAGUGCCUUAUGUUCUCCUCCGGUCUGUGAGGACAGUCCUGACACACAUGAGCCAGAUGAGAUCUGGUGCUCUAAAAAGUGCCGGUCGCUCAAUCUUACGUUGGCAGGCAGGGCAUGUCAGGACCGAGGCCACAUGGCUAUCAAGACAGUCAGGAUCCCUGAAAUAAAGGACCUGAAGAUCCUCUCAGAAGACCCCAGGCUUAACCUGAAAAUUGUGCACUUGGUCCGUGAUCCUCGAGGGAUCCUAGCUUCAAGAAUGACCGCCUUCAUGGACCAGUUCCGGGCCUGGAAAAUCUGGAACGCCACUGGCAGGAAACCCCAUUACGUGGAUCUCGCCCAAAUCACCAGGACCUGCAAAGAUCUGUCAGAUUCAGCCGAGACUGGGUUUAGAAAGCCUACCUGGUUGAAAGGAAGGUACAUGCUGGUUCGUUAUGAGGACUUGGCCAAAGAGCCUGUGGAGAAAGCCAAAGAGAUUUACAAGUUCAUAGGCUUGGACAUGGAUGAUAAGAUCCACACGUGGAUACUGCACAACACCAAUGGAAGCAAUGCUCCAGAAGGAAAUUACAAAUUUACAACCACCAGAAACUCUAAAGCAACUGCUGAAGGAUGGAGAUUAAACUUGUCUUUUGAUAUUGUUCAGACAGUCCAGAAUCUCUGCAAUACUACCUUAUCUCAGCUAGGGUACAGAAAUGUAAACUCAGUGGCUGACCUGAGGAACUUGUCAAACAGUGUAGUUGAACCAAGAACCUUCUUGCCAUUUUUAUAGAAUUUAAAUUUA